AUGGGGUUGGGGGUUACUGCAGUUGGUGAUGGAGGUGUAGUGUCGAAAUUAGUGGAUUUGGAGUGUAGAGAUGCUCAGGAGGCUGGUUUGGGGAGUAGCUCCAAGCGACAGAUAAUCAAAGAACUAGUGGCGAAAGAACAACUUGAUAUGUUGCUUAUUCAGGAGACUAAGCUUGAGGAGGUUAGUUUACGAGUUGGUUCUCAGAAUUGUGUGAGAGGACAGGGUUUUCUUGGCUUGAUAGGGACUUGGGGUGAUAUGCCCGAGCCUUCUGUGGUGGUGAAUGUUUACUCUUCUUGCAGGAUUGAGGAAAAACGAAACUUAUGGCGUGAAUUAGCGGACUGGAAGAGGAGUUGUGGUGUUCAGUUGUGGUGUAUUGGCGGGGAUUUCAAUGCAGUAAGAUCGGAAGGGGAGCAAAGGGGAAUCACAUCAGAGGGGGGAUCACAGAGGCGAGAAAUUAUUGAGUUUAAUAAUUUUGUGGAGGCAAUGGAGCUUGUAGAUUUGCCAUUAGCAGGUCGCAAGUACACAUGGUACAGGGCAAAUGGACAAGCUCAGAGCAGAAUUGAUAGAUUUCUUAUUUCUCAUGAGUGGUUGUUGCAGUGGCCUAACUGUGAACAAGUGGGUCUUGCCAGAGAUAUUUCCUACCACUGCCCGUUGUUAUUGAGAUCAGUGUUUCAGGAUUGGGGUCUGAAACCUUUCAGGGUGUUAAAUUGUUGGUUGGAACAUCCAGGUUUCUCGGGUCUUGUGGAAAAAACAUUGGCAGAGAAUCAGGUGGUUGGUUGGGGGGCAUUUGUGCUGAAGGAGAAAUUGAAACGGUUGAAAUUGAAACUAAAGGAUUGGAAUAAGGAGGUCUUUGGGGAUUUGCGGACUAGGCGGAAUGGAGUGGUACAGAAAAUUAAUGAGUUGGAUCAAAAAGAAGAAGUGAUGGGGCUGUCCAUUGAGGAAAUAGAUGCAAGAAGAAUACUGGUUAGUGAAUUUUGGUCGGUUCUGAAGCAUCAGGAAUCCCUUCUAUAUCAGAAGUCUAGAUCUAAGUGGCUAAAGGAUGGGGAUCAAAACACCAGUGAAGAAAUUAAGGUGGCUGUCUGGGAUUGUGGUGGGGAUAAAAGCCCUGGCCCUGAUGGUUUUAAUUUUAAAUUUAUUCAGAAGUUCUGGGUGUUGAUGAAGGAUGAUUUUUACAGGGUGCUCAAUGAAUUCUGGAGUAGGGGAGUGUGGCCCAAAGGUAGCAAUGCAUCAUUCAUAGCUCUUAUCCCUAAGGUGAGUUCCCCGCUUGGCUUAAAUGAUUUCAGGCCUAUCUCUCUGAUUGGGUGUAUGUAUAAGGUGGUCUCAAAGAUACUGGCAUUAAGGCAGAAGAAGUUGAAGAAGGAAACACUUAUUUUUAAAGUUGACUAUGAGAAGGCAUAUGACUCUGUGAGUUGGGAGUUUUUAGAGUAUAUGAUGGGAAGGAUGCACUUUAGCAGGAAGUGGAUUCAGUGGAUUAUGAGUUGUCUCAGGUCAGCUUCUGUAUCUGUGCUAGUGAAUGGGAGUCCCUGUGAGGAAUUCAGUAUGAAGAGGGGUCUCCGGCAGGAGGAUCCACUUGCCCCAUUUUUAUUCCUAAUAGUAGCUGAGGGUCUUACCAGUUUCUUUGCACAAGCAGUACGUUUGGGCAUAUUUAUGGGGUUUGCGUUUGGGGGAGACUCAGAGAUUGGUGUCUCCAUGCUACAGUUUUCAGAUGAUACAGUAUUUAUUAGAGAUGCAACAGUCCAGAAUGUGCAGACAAUUAAAUGCGUAUUGCGGUGCUUUGAGCUUAUUUCAGGGCUUAAAGUCAAUUUUCAUAAGAGUAAGCUGGCAGGGGUGGCAGUGGACCGACAUAGUUUGGGGCAGGUUGCAGCUAUUCUUCACUGCAAAAUUAUGUCUACUCCUUUUGUGUAUCUAGGAAUACCUGUAGGAGGCAGACUGAAGAGUCUGGCCUUAUGGGACUCAGUUAUUAAGAAGAUGAAAAUGCGUUUGUCCUCUUGGAAGCAGAAACAUAUUUCAUUCGGGGGUCGUGUGUGCCUUAUACAGAGUAUUUUAUCUGCCUUACCAUUAUUUUUCCUUUCCUUCUUUAAAGUUCCGGUAGGUGUACUUACAAUUUGUACUGGAAUUAUGAGGAGAUUCCUUUGGGGAGGAGUAGAAGGGGAUAAUAAAAUUAACUAG